UCCUGUUAGCAGUAGUCUGACAAAUGACAGCGACUUGAUAAGGACUUGUUAUUGUUUUAUUAAAUGAAAAUAUGUGUGAAACAAGUGCACGUCUGAAUGGCAAGGUUGCCAUAAUAACUGGUGGUAGCACGGGUGUGGGAUACGAAGCAGCCAAGGCUAUAGCUAACAAAGGAGCAAAAGUUAUCAUUGCCAGCCGAAAUGAAACAAAACUAAUCAGGGCAAGAGAUAGACUAGAGCAAAUAACGGGAAACAAAAAUAUUACAUACAAACUCCUGGAUCUAGCAUCUUUGAAUUCAGUUAGAAAAUUUGCCAACGAUACCUUAAAUAUGGAAGAACGAGUGGAUAUACUUAUCAACAAUGCGGGAGCUGUAGGACUUCCUGACAAAAUGACAGCAGACGGGCUCAAUCUUACGAUGCAAGUGAACUAUUUUGGUGCCUUUUUACUUACAUUUCUGUUACUACCUAUGUUGAAAAACUCAGCACCGAGUAGAAUAAUUAAUAGUUCAGCCGCGUCAAUGUACAUCGGGCACAUUGAUUUUGAUCACUGGAACGACGUCGGGCUAUAUACAUCAGUGGAGAUUUUAGCGAACUCAAAACUAGCCGUAACAUUAUUUACAGCCGAAUUGGAUCGUAGGCUCAAAGAUAGUGGUGUCACGGCAAACACUAUUGACCCGUUCGUAGUCCGUGAUACAGAUAUUUUGAAUAAUCUUCCGAGUUUGACGAAAAACAUAUCGCAAUUAUUCGUGGACGUGAUCGGCCAGCCGAAAGAGGAUGUUGGAAAGCAAAUCACUUUGCUAGCCGCUGAACCUGAACUAGAAAAAGUUAGUGGGGAACAUUACAAAUUUUGCCAUAAGUGGAUAAAUCACUGGUUAGUUAGUGAUCAACAAUUGACUGAGCAGUUGUGGGAAACAUCGAAAAAUGUUGUAAAUUUGACACAGGACGAAGAUUGGGAAAUCAAUGACAUUUAGUAUUUGUACUCUCUUGUUUAUAUUAUCAGCAAA